AUAAUAUUUAGUUGAUUUUUCGCAUUUGCGCUUUGUAACAUAAAAUUCAAUACUUGUUUUCAAUUUUGAUUUUUUCAAGCUAAAUAAAUACCUACUAACUAAAAAUGUGCUGUAAUUGGUUGUUGAAAAAUAUUUGGAUCAAAUCCUGACGUGAUGUAUUGACGAAAUAGAAAUUAAAUAACGGUAUCCGUGUAAAAGGCGCAGCAACUUUUUUCGAACUUUCCAAACUGCGCCUACAUAUAUUACUAAUCUAAUUCUAAGAAUUUAAACUGAAUGCUAUUCUACUAUAAUAAAAAUGUCGUCGUAUGAAUGUGAGAGAAGGGUUGCCACAGAAAAACAUCAACCGAUCGUAGGAGCAACCGAUCGUAGAGUGAAGGUAAUCAGUCAUGUCGGCCAUGCUGUUAAUUUAGCAAUUGAGAGGUUCGUGACAAUAGGAGAAAUAAUUGCCGAGGACAAUCUCGAUAUCAAAUCGGAUAUUUUGGAAUGUUGCAGAAAUGCAAGAGAUGCAGGAAAAUCAAUCGAACGCUUAUGUGAUAUUUCUGCCAUGGAUAACAUGAAUUACUCAACUUUAGAUUUACCUGUCUAUGAUGAAAAUGCUAUUAUAAUAGCAGCUAAAGCACUCAUAUCCGCUGUCACUAGAAUUUUGCUUUUAGUUGAUAUUGUUGUUGUUAAACAACUCCUCACUGCUAAGAGGAAAAUCGUAAAAAGCUUGCGAAAGCUUGAAUCCGUUGUGAAUUUUACGGAAUUUGUCCGAGCUUACUCACUUUUCGGAAUUGAAAUGAUAGAGCUUGCAUAUCUAAUACGAAAUCAGCAGAAUAAUAUUAAAGAAGAACGGCGCCGAGCGCAAAUGUUCUCAGCCAAACAAAUACUUGAACAUUCGAUUUCUAUUUUAUUAUCAUCGUCUAAAGCGAGUCUCCUGCAUUAUGAUUGUAUGUUGGCUAAGGAAAAUCGAGAUACAGUAUUUUGUCAAAUAAGACGUGCUAUGGAUUUAAUACAUUUUGUUGUGAAAGAUUGCAUAUUCGAAUCAGCAUUUUUGGCAUUUAAUGAACAUGGCACUAAAAACAUUAACGGAGAAACUGUACAAUCAGCAACGAAUUAUUUAACCUUUUUGCUGGAGAAAUUUCGAACGAAACCCUUAGACGAUAUUAAACCUACUAUGUAUAUAGCAAAUAAUAAUUAUUCAAAAAUCGCCACCUCUACUACGACAACCGAAAAGAAAUGGAACAAUGAAUAUAGCAAACGUCGAAAUUCGUUUGGUAGCGAAGAUGAAAAUCUUCUUAUAGGAAAUAAUUAUAAACAAUGUGGUACAAAAAUUUCUCCAUUUUCGGAUCGAGACUUGAUGACACCAUUUAAUAUUGAAUUAAUCGAAGAACUGAUAUAUGCUUUUGAAAAACUAUUAGAGAAAACACAUGACUUUACAGAUUCUGCUUAUACAAGCCAUGAAAAUAGAGAACAUAUUUUAUUCCUUUGUGAUCGAUGUAAACUAGAGCUUAAAAAAUGUUUAAAUAUUUUAUAUAAAACCGAACGUAAUACAAGACAUAUAAUGGAUGAAGAAAUCGAUAGAGUUAUAAGUAUAUCAAAAAAUUUAACACAACAACUAAUACUCUCGGUUGCCGAUCAGACAGCUGAUCUAUAUCAUUCACUGAAAACAUCAGUGGAAUUAGUAAAUAGUUUUCAUUUGUUGGCUCUGAACGAGGAUCCGACAUCCUUUCAGGAAUGGUCAAAUAAAUUUCAUGACUGUUGUGAUCAUAUAAUAGACGUUUGCAAAUUGUUACAGCACAUUGCUUUUACAGAGAGCUUACAAGUACAAUCGAAAUGCUUAGCUAUUAAUUUACGGAUAUACGGUCCACAAGUUAUACUAGCAGCUAAAAUAUUAUCGAGAUAUCCUUCAAGUGUUCCUGCGAACGAAAAUAUGGAUGCAUUCGCAGAAAUGUGGAAAUGGCUAAUAUCAGAAAUUACAAAUGUUGCUCAACAAAUUUUGGAUACCACGGGGGAACAAUGCGAUAAUAAAACAUCUAAGAAAUAUAAAACCACUGCGCGCCCAUUGUCCGUUGGUCAAGAGGAGCCAGGAAAGGUAUCAGCCGCGGAUACAAAGGAAAUACCUUCGGAAAUUGCUCCGUUCAAUGAGAAAUGGAAUGAUGAAGUUAACGAUAAUAAUGACAUAAUUAAGCGUGCUAAAAAUAUGUCGGCAAUGGCAUUUGCAAUGUAUCAGUUUACGAAAGGCAAUGGCACCUUAAGGACCACCCAAGAUCUUUUCACACAAGCGGAAUAUUUUGCCGAAGAGGCAAAUCGUUUGUAUAAAGUUUUACGACAAUUUUCAUAUCAGGUUCCAGCAAGCCAAAAUAAAAAGGAUCUAUUGAAUAUUUUAGAUAGAGUCCCAACUUUUGUUCAAACUCUUCAAUUUACUGUUAAAGAUCAUACCGUAGGAAAGGAUGCAACAUUUGUGAAAGUGGAUCAUGUUAUACGAGAAACUAAAAAUCUUAUGAGUGUAAUUAACAAGGUUGUAACAAAAUGUUUUGAAUGCGCGACUAAGUACAAAUUGGACCUUAGUGGUCUCUCUGGUGGCUUGUCAUCUGCGGGUGCUUUAGGAGGAGACGAUAACAAUGCGGGUGGAAUGGGAGAUUCAAAAGGCACAACAAGCAGUUCAGAGGGGAGUAUGUGACAUUACGGGAUGGCUCGAAGAGCCAAGGGUGAUGCGCGCAGGACAAGAGUGUCAUUUUUAUUAUUUUAGCUAUACCUACGACUAUCUGAAUAUAAAAUUCAAUUAGAAAUACAAAUUUAUUUAUUGUAUGUAAUUCAUAUGAUGAAUUGAUGUUAUGUUACACUUGUACUAGUAAGGAAACAAAAUUUCAAUUUAAAAUUGUAAAAAAGAUAUCUAAUGUAUUUUGAGGUUGAUAGAUGUUGUUUUCCCCCUUUUUAUGCAUGUACAAACUUUCUGGCAUUAUUGCUUCAACUUACAAAUUAAAAAUGGCUAAAUGAAUUACUUCAUUUUUUGUUUAUUAAUAUAAAUCAAUAAA